CCAUACAUAACUAGGUAGUGACUUGACUGUGAUCUCGCCCAGCGGCUCGAACUUCCAGACACCUUUUUGACCGCACAACCUCCCGAAACUUGUCGUAUUGCUUGAUGUCUCGGCCGUGAACGGGUCUUCCUCUCAACCGGGGGGUUAUCGCCGAUCUAAGACACUGUUACCACCCUCCUGCGCCAAGUUCAGACACAAGCCGGCGCUAUUUAGAACCCCGCAAGCAAGGAUUUUAAGGGCAAGACGUGGAAGGUCUGAAUCGAGACGUUACUCGAAACCGCUGCCGCUCAAGAAUCGAGGCCGGGUUGAUUUAUUUGCUUGGUCAUUCCUUGACCCUUCAGUCCACUUAACUCGAAUCUCCCACUAGUUCUUUGUGGACUCAAUGCUUGCCGAAUCGCCCUGGACCAUGCAGUACAGGAUGAAUUACACCAGGGAUCACGUCUAUGGAGGCCACAAGCCGAGCGGGAGACCGUACAAGGCGGCAGCCAGGGUGCCGGAGGGGCAGUUCGACCCUAACGAGCUCACUCGCCGGCUUUAUGUCGUCCUGGCCGAGCAAAAGGUGCACGCUGAACGGAGACGACGGGCUCGCGGCGAAACAUCAAAUCAAAAAGAUGGCCACGGCCAGGUCUCAAGCAGUCGAAGCAAAGAAGCACGCCAGAAGGCUGCCGAACCACCCGCCGACCUCAUCACGGAACUGAGGAGGACGGAGUCGACCAAGCAUAAGCCAUCGCACCCAGCAACCGCCGGGCCGGGUCCAGAUUCCCAGUCCGAAGCCUACCGCCACGUCCCGCAAGAGGCGGCCAAGCAGUUCACAAGAACAACCACGGUCGAAAACAUGCGCGACACCAGCCUCAUCCACAAGCUGUCCAAACACGCCCUCAAAUUCCACUUGGAAGGCCCCAAAUCAGUCCGCCCGGGCGGCGGCAGCAACGGCGCCCCCGAACCCGCCCUCGCCCCAGGAGAACUCACCCGGGCCCUCCAACAAACCCAAACGCAGCGCAACCAGCUCCUCGACCGCAACCAAUUCCAACGCACCCGCACACUGGAAGAAGCCGCACGGCUCGAGCACCCACACCCGCACGCAGCCCCGCGCCGCACGCACACCCUCGAGGACGAGCUCUCCCGCAUCCUCCCCGGCAGCAGCAGUCACCACUCAAGCAGCCAAGCCAAACACCUCCGGCGCAACAGCACCGGCAACACGGUCACCACCCACCCGACCGACAACCCCGCCACCACCACCACCACCACCACCCACGCGCGGCACUCCCUCAUCGCGUCCACCGCGGCGCCCGACACGCUGGUCAUGGACACGCUCCUGGAAGACGACAGCACCACCACCACGACGGGCGGGGAUGAGGAGGGCGACGCGUUGGGGCUGGGGCGGUUCGCGGCGGCGGAGCGGGCGCGCGUCGACUGGACGCAGAGCGACGAGGCAGCGGGGCGGGUUGGUGGAGGGGGGCAUAGCCACAGCCAUAGCCAUAGCCAUGCGCGUGCUACUGGGGGUGGGCCGAAGUUGUUGCUGCUCUCGCCGCUGCUGCGCAAGGCGGAUUCGCUGUGGACGCUGCGCGGGCGGCGGGGGAGCAAGGACUCGUCUGGUGGCGAGGAGGUGCAGUCGCCUACUACGCCUACGGCGGCGGCGGCGGCGAAGGGGAAGGGGUUCUUUGGGAGGUUUAAACGUUAG